AUGAUUUAUAAAAAUGAUCCAUUGUAAAAUCCUUGGAGUGAUCUCAUUUUAAUUGAGAAGGGUUAGAGUCCUCCAGAGGGAUUUUACAAAUUGCCAUAGUCUAUUUCAAAUAAUUACUUAGCUUAUUCGUUAAUUAAUACUAUUUAUACAACGAAAUACUAAGCUGAAAUUACAGACUCAUAUCCAUAAAAUAACGAUAAACAAGAACUGGCAAUGUUUUGCUUUCCUAAUGGCAUAUCUCUGUAUAGAAAUAACUAAUUGCCUAAAUACAAUAAUUUCAUUUUGACCUCAGAAACUGGAGACAGGACUUAUUGCACUGCGUUAAUAUUCUGCGAAUAAAAUUAACAUGGAUAUCAUGAAAUGGCUAUUGUUUUAUCAUCCCGCUAUUGUUAUUCAGAAUAGUCAUUAGAACUGCUCAAAUAUUUAUAUUAAAUUUAUAUUGCCAACAAUCCCUUGCCUUUAGAAAGGUAUAUUUGUAAUAUAGUCGAUGAAAUUGUUCUCCCUCAAGAUCCAACUGAGGCUCAUAUCUAUAAUGGAUAAAAAUAAAUAGCCUUCUUUUAAUCUAACUGUUUUCCUUUAUGUUCUAAUCAAGCCUUUCGGUGUCUACUUACAGUUCUAGACAAAAAGAAUAUUGUUUUGCUGUAUUUUGCAUUACUUUCUGAAAAGAAAAUUCAGCUCAUUAGUUCCAAACCUGAAAUUAAUUCAUUGGUAGUUGAGGCUUUCUUAACUCUUUUAUAUCCUUUUGAAUUUACACACAUUUUGAUUUCGAAUUUACCUUUAGAAUUAGAAUAAUAUCUUGAAGCUCCCCUGCCUUACUUAAUCGGGGUAAACAAUAAGUAAGCUGAAAUGUACCAAGAUGCUGUCUAAGUCUUUUUGGACUCAAAUUAUAUCAAACAAAAUCAAGCAAUUGAUGUUCCUGAAGAGAUAUUCGAUAAGUUUGUUUCAAAACUAAAAGAACUCGAUUACUAUUGCAAUCCAGAUCUGAUUCAAACAAUAGGUGAUGCUUUUCCUUUGCCUAGAGAAGAUGAUUUAGUAAUCGUUGAUCAAUACGAAGUAAGGGAAGUGUUUCUAAGAUUUAAUAUCUUCAUAUUGAAAGAUUAUCAGAAAUACAUUGAUAAAUAAGUUUUCAAAGAGAAGCUGUUUAUUAAAAGUAAAUCAAGAAUCAAACAUUUUCUGGAACCUUUUACGGAGACAAGAUUAUUUACUUACUUUAUUCAAUAGAGGAUGCAACUCUCAUAAAAUGAUAGUUAAUUGGAGUAUUUUGAUGAUUGUCUUAAGAAUCCUAAAAAAGAACAUUUUAUCUUCCCAAUAUAAAAAUGUAAUGUUUAUCUAAAACCAAAUGAUGAAGGUUUUAACAAAGAAAACAAUUUUUAAUAUAGUGCAUUCCCACUUAAGUUAAAAGACUAGUAUUUUUCAAAACCAAGAUUGGAAUUCUUAAAACAUGAGAAUCCAUUUUAAGUUCAUUAGUAUCCAAAGACUUAAAUUGAAAUGCUCAGAUUUGAGUUAGCACACAUCUAUAAAUAAUGGUUUAGACAUUUGGUUAAUCAGAUUGAAGCAGGUAGAGUAGAACUAAUGGAUUUGGUUUAGUAUAGCAUUCAUUUGUUGAAAGAAAUGAAAUAGAAUAAUUUGUAAAUCGAUUCAGAUAUUUUCAAAAAUGCUAUGAUAGCUUGUGCUCAUUAUUAGAUGAAUGAUUUGGCAUUAAAAUUUAUACAGCAAAUGAGAGAAUUGGGUUAUCAAAAGCAGAUUUAAAUUUAUCAGUACUAUUUUCAGACUCAAUAAAAUAAUAAAAAAUUAAAAAAGAAGACUCAAUAAAUCAUAUAAUAAAGUACUAAUCCCAGUAGUAGGUCCUUGAGUAAUAGACAAGUUGAAUAUAGGUUUUAUUUGGAUGCCAAAUGUUCAAGAUGCGGUAGGAGAUAUGCAAUAGAAGAUUUCUUGGCCUCAUUUGUAUAGGAUCAUUUCUAAUGCAAAUCUAAUGGUACAUUGGGUUGUAAUAAUAAAUAUGAUGCCCUUUUAUAUUUUAAUGAUGGGGUUCAUUAAUUAAAAAAGCCUUCUUUAGUUGGGGAUGACGAUAAAAUUAGUAAUAUGUUCUACUUCUAUUUAAUUGGAUUGCCGUAUAGAUUUGUAAAGAAUCAAUAGGAUGAUGAUUUUGUGUAUAGUUAAAAGAAGAUACCGAUAUAUUUCGAUUAUGAGGACUUGUACACUGAUGAGAAUGAAGAUUGCAACAAUAAUUAUCUACAAAGAGCAGUCCUUGAGGUGUUUGGUAUGUUUUUGGAGAGAAUGAAAGACAUUAUAAAUAAGUAAGAACUACGGUAGGUAAAGCAUUAGAGGAGGGUGUCUGAUUUAUCUGAUUGA